AUGGCCGAGCAACCAGAGAAAAAUAAUUCUAUUUUAAAUACUCUUCGAGACAAUGUAAAUCAACUCGAAACGCGUUUUGUGAAAAUACGCGAAGAAACUAUUUCAAAGUUAAAUGAAUGCAGUGAAUGUAUUAAAUCGGCUAAACAAUUAUGUCACGAAGCAACAGAAAUGACAACAGUCUUAGAAAACAAAUUAGUUAAUGCAUCGAAUGACGAAAAAGAAUGGAAAGACAUCAAAGUUAAAUUAGCAACAACAUCAAUUCAAGGUAUGGUAAUACUCAACGUUGGCGGUGAUAGAUACACUACAAGUAUUGAGACAUUAACAAGAGAAAAAAAUACUUUCUUCACUGCACUCUUCUCUAAACAAUGGCAACUUGAAAGAGACCCUGAUGAUAAAAGUAUAUUCAUCGAUCGAAAUGGCAAAAUUUUUACUUAUAUUCUUGAAUAUUUUCGAACAAACACAGUACCAAAUAAUGUUAUGAAAGAUGAAACACUUCUAACUGGUCUUUUAAUUGAAGCUGAAUAUUUUCAGUUGAAAGACUUGUUAGCUGUAUUGCCGGAUACAUUUCCAAAUGGAACAUUGCUUAAAGUUCAACAUAAGCAAAAAUUAAAUGACUUUUAUGGUAAAACUAAUCAACAAUGGGAAUUGAUUUAUAAAGCCACGCGUGAUGGAUUUGAUGCAAAUACAUUUCAUUCACGUUGUAAUAAUAAAGGACCAACAAUAACGAUUAUUCAAUCAAAUAAUAAUUAUCUUUUCGGAGGUUAUACAGCUAUUCCAUGGGCUUCGGAAAGUGCAUUUAAGACUGAUACUACAGCAUUUUUAUUCACUUUGACCAAUCCUAACAAUCUUCCACCGACAAAAUAUCUCAUAAAUCUUGCGAAACAAGUAUAUGCAGUUUAUCAUUAUGGUGUACAUGGUCCAACAUUUGGAUACCCUCACGAUAUCAACAUAGCAAAUGGUAGCAAUGCGAACAAUACAAGUUGCACUAAUUUUCCUAGUACAUACCUUGAUACAACUGGAAAGGGUAAUAAUACAUUCACUGGUGCUAGAAAUUUUACCACAUCUGACAUUGAAGUUUUCAAAUUAGCUUAA